UAGUGAAAUCCCUAAAAGGUCUUACAGGGGAGUAGUUUAGAACACAUCAAAUAUGUGCGCUGAGCUGACCCUGCAUUGUAUUGAACAUACUUCCUUUACAUAUAGACUACAUGUGCAGUGCAGUAAUUUCACUGGGAAAGGCACGAUCGCUCAGAGAUCUUGUAAAAUGCUGCUGCUCUUCUGUAGUGUUGGACUACUAACUGUCAGGGUUUUGUAUCAGUAACAUCUCUUCCUUCCUACUGGUUUUCUCUGUCAGCCUGCCUUGCAGAUAAAAAUGGUUCUGUCAGUCUGGCUUGAAGCAGUUCUGCCAGACGGUUAUGCUGUGUGAUGAGUGUGGACUGUUGAGUUCAGUACUCGGCUUGUGGAGAUAUAGCUGGAGAUCCAUGGAGCAAGCCGCCACACAUAAGUGAGGAGAUGUUGGGCGCUGUUAAAGAAAAGCCAGGGUGCGAUCUAAUGGUUGGCGACUUGACAUUUCCCUCGCGGCUACUCCAAGGCUCUCUUUCCAACCUCAGUCACAGAGCCUUACAGAUCUUUUGGCUGAAACCAGCACUGCCGAUUCGUGAAUAAAGCCUUCUAAAAGAGAGCAAACGAACAAGGCAUCUCCUUCCCCUUCUACCCCAAAGGAUUCAAGAUGGAGGUGAUCGUCUCUGCAGUUCUUGGCGAUAUUAUAAGCAGGUCCGUAUCCUUCCUCGUCGACAGGUACCACCGGCUGCAGGCCGGAGGAGCGGAAGAGAGCCUGCAACGGCUGCGCCGCCUUCUGCUGCGAGUCCAGGCCACCGUCGAGGAGGCCGAGCGGCGGCAGAUCACCAACCAGGCGAUGCUCCGGCAGCUCGAGAUGCUGAGGAACGACAUGUACAGAGGCUACUACAUGCUCGACGCCCUCACGUGCAUACGCCGCGGAGAAGGCGACGCCACGGCCAAAGAUGAGGUGAGCGACCGCUCGCUUAUGCUGUGCCGAUUCAGUCCCGUCAAGCGGCUCUGCCUCUCUGCCAGGGCGCCGAAGAACAUGGUGUUCGACGGCAACGAGCUCAGCAAAGCGCUUUGUUGCCUUGAGACGACUGUCGCCGACAUGAAGGAGUUUGUGGUGUUCUUGAAGUGCUAUCCUCUGCUGUGCCGGCAACCUUGCAGCAGCUACUUGUCUACGGACAUGUGCAUGUUCGGCCGUCACACGGAAUACGAGAGGAUCGUGAGCUUCCUGCUGCAGGUUGGCCCCCCUGGCACAGCAAAUUUCGGUGUUCUUCCGGUAGUCGGACCCGCAAGGGUCGGGAAGAGCACCCUCGUUGAGCAUGUCUGCUACGAUGGCAGGGUGCGCGGCUACUUCUCCUCGAUCGUGUUCCUCGGCGGGGAUGAUCUCCAACUCCAAGGCACGGAAGCGAAUGCUCUGCAAGACAGCGGUGUUGUCAAGUACAGAAACAGCGCUUCACAUGGGAGGCUGCUGGUCGUUGUGGAGCUGAUUGGGGAUUUGGAAAAGGAAAUAUGGAGCAGGUUGUGCUCUUUACUGAGCCAUAUGGCACACGGGAGCAAAGUCAUAGUUACAGGCAGGUCAGAGAGAAUCAUGCGGUUCGGAACAACCCAGGCUCUCAGACUGAAUGCUUUGCCCCAUGAAGCUUACUGGUACUUCUUCAAGAUGAUUGCCUUCAGAGACGCCGGCCCGGAGGACUAUUCAGAGCUAUCAUCCAUAGCCAUGGAGAUUGCAGCUGAGCUCAACGCCUCUUUCAUCAAUGCAAACAUAAUCGGCACCCUGCUGAGAGCAAAUCUCAGUGCCCGGUUUUGGCGCAAGGCUCUCGAGCGCAUCAGAGAGUUCACUGCCAAGCAUGUGCUCAUGUUUGGCGAGCAUCCGGUCGAUCUGAUGCGGAAAGGGCGGCCUAUAUACCUUUGGAGGAUGGCAGGCGGCGGUUCCGAAGUCCUUGUGGCCAAUGGUGUUCAUCAGGUCUGCUCUCCGCAGCAGGACGUUCCAAAGCUAACAUUGCUGGAUGUCGUAUCUGGAAGUGCUAUACCGCGUGGAAAUUGUGAAUUCCUAGCGUGGAAGUCUCGGAUACCCCCUUACUAUAGCUACCUGGUGAGCUGCAGCAUAAUGACAUCGCGGCGUAUGGUGGUGAACAAGAAGCGCUCUCGCUUGCAGAGUGUUUGAUUCUGGGUUUCAUCAUGGGGAUAGGUGCUUGUAUAUUUGAAUGUUUCCCGCCUGCGUUCGAGCCUCCGUGCUCACAAUGAUGGUCCGUCAUACGCUCUCCUUGAUUAAAAGACCUAUAGGUGUUUAUUUCCC